AUGAUGAAACCAAUUCCCUCUCUUGAGGAUGUAUUCAACAUGGUGGCACAAGACGAACGCCAGAUGUCUAUCAAACCAAGUACGAGGCAGGACAAUGUUGUUUUCCAGAACUCUGGACCUCACGAUGAUACUCAAUCAAUGUCAUCUGAGAAUCUCGCUGAUAAUGCUGCUUUUGCUACUCAGUAUAACAACUCCUAUCGUCCUCGUCAGCGUCCGGUUUGUACCCACUGUGGCCAGCUUGGUCAUGUCAUUCAGAAAUGCUUCAAACUUCAUGGCUAUCCUCCAGGGCACAAGUUUCAUACAACUCCUGGACAACAACACAUUUAA